UCGGAGGAGGAGGAAGUGUCAUGGCGUCGGGCCGUGGGGCUUCUUCUCGCUGGUUCUUCAGCCGGGAGCAGCUGGAGAACACUCCGAGCCGCCGCUGCGGGGUGGAGGCGGAUAAGGAGCUCUCGUACCGCCAGCAGGCGGCCAACUUUAUCCAAGAAAUGGGGCAGCGUCUCAAUGUCUCUCAACUUACAAUAAAUACUGCAAUUGUUUACAUGCACAGGUUUUAUAUGCACCAUUCUUUCACCAAGUUUAACAGAAAUAUAAUAGCACCUACUGCAUUAUUCUUGGCUGCAAAAGUUGAAGAACAGCCAAGAAAACUUGAACAUGUCAUCAAAGUAUCACAUGCCUGUCUUCAUCAGAGUUACUAGGUUGGACACAAAAGAGUCGAAGCAUACCUUCAGCAGACCCAAGAACUGGUUAUACUUGAAACUAUAAUGCUACAAACUCUGGGUUUUGAGAUCACCAUUGAACACCCACAUACAGAUGUGGUGAAAUGUACCCAGUUAGUGAGAGCAAGCAAGGAUUUGGCACAGACAUCCUAUUUCAUGGCUACCAACAGUCUACAUCUUACUACCUUCUGCCUUCAAUAUAAACCAACAGUGAUAGCAUGUGUAUGCAUUCAUUUGGCCUGCAAAUGGUCCAAUUGGGAGAUUCCUGUAUCUACUGAUGGCAAACAUUGGUGGGAAUACGUGGAUCCAUCAGUUACCUUAGAAUUACUAGAUGAAUUAACUCACGAAUUUCUGCAAAUUUUGGAGAAAACUCCUAAUAGAUUGAAGAGGAUACGAAACUGGAGGGCUAAUCAGGCGGCUAAAAAACCUAAAGGAGAUGGACAAGUGUCUGAGACAGCUCUUCUUGGUUCGUCUCUGGUGCAGAAUUCCAUUUUAGUAGAUAGUGUUACUGGUGUGACUACAAAUGCAAGCUUUCAGAAACCAUCUACAUCAGCAUUUCCUGCACCAGUACCUCUGAAUUCAGGAAAUAUUUCUGUUCAAGAUAGUCAUGCAUCGCAUAAUUUGGCAAUACUAAAAACAGGAAUGCCAAGUACCUCAUACAGUUUGGCCAUCACACAAGAAUGGCCUCAGCAUCAAGAAUCAACCAGGCCAGACCACAUAUAUUCACAGAAACAGGAGACUCGAUGUUGGUAGUCGUACAACAUCAACUUCCAGCAAGGCCCUGCUGGGCCAUUACAUUCAGGAUUACAUCACAGAUCUGACAAACUCUCUGAUCAUUCUUCAGUUAAACAAGAAUAUACUCACAAGUCAGGAAGCAGUAAACACCACGGGCCCAUUUCUGCUGCUCCUGUAAUAGUUCCUCAGAAAAUGUCCUUAGAUAAGUUAUAGGGAGAACGAAGCUAGAAACACUUGAACAUGGAUGUAAGGGAACACUAUGUAGCUGCCCCACGGAGCAGCCACACAAAAAAGCACAUGCAAUUACAGGCAGCCAGCAGCAGUUCUGUAACUUCUCCCAUUAAAAUGAAAUUCCUAUUGCAAAUGAGAGAAACCUGCAAAAUACAGUCGGAUAAACAGGACAAGAGUGGAUCACUUAAAUUGCGUAUUCCAAUCCCCCCCAGUGAUAAAAGCUCUAGUAAAGAAGACAUAAAAAUGAAAAUAAAGGUUUCUUCUCAGAAAGAACCCAGCUCUACUGAUGAGGGCAGUGGAAAAAAGAAGCUUCAUAGCCCACAUGUGAGCAAAGACCACAAAGAAAAGCACAAGGAACAUUCCACCAACCGCCAUCACAGCAGCAGCCGCAGCAGCCACAAGCAUUCCCAUUCCCCUAGUGGCGGCCAGUACGUGGUUGGCAGUAAACAUAGUACUGAUGGAAUACCACCCACAGUUCUGAGGAGUCCUGUUGGCCUGAGUAGUGAUGGUGGUAAUUCCUCUAGUUCCAGUGCUGCAAGAAAGAAGUUGCACAUCAAUGAUGCGUCUCACAACCACCACUCCAAAAUGAGCAAAAGUUCCAAAAGUUCAGGUGGGCUACGGACAUCUCAGCACCCUCGUGAAACUGGACAAGAAGCCAGUGGAGACCAACGGGCCUGAUGCCAAUCACGAGUACAGUACAAACAGCCAGCAUAUGGACUACAAAGACACAUUCGACAUGCUGGAUUCGCUGUUAAGUGCCCAAGGAAUGAACAUGUAAUCAAUUGUUUAGGUCAAUUUUUCCUUUACUUUUUUAAUUUAAGAAUUGUUAGAAUGGAAAACUUCCUGAUCUAGCAAAGGCAACACCAGCUGUUGCUGCCAUUGUUUCAAUAUUGUAAGUGCUGCUUUAUCCUUCACUCUGAAAAGAAGAGAUUAUAGUAAACAAGUCUUAUCUCCACAUAUGAUAGUGUUAUAAAUACUGUAAUAGCAUGGAAGGUGCAAAAAUCUCAGUAUUUUUACAGUUGCAGCUAAGAACAGUAGAACGAAUGGCUGCUUCUAGGUGUAUAGGUUGCCUCAAGCAUUAUUUAUCAUUUGAAUCCUGAAGCCACCGUUUUGUUUUGGGUUUUUUUGUUGCUUAGCUUUUGAAUGAGUGUAAAUUGUUUUCUUUUGUGUAUUUAUGCUGUAUGUAUGAUUUGCAUGUUUCAAUGAUAAAGGGAUAAAACAGUAUACUGACAACUGUUUACAAGAAAGUGGAGAAAAAUGUACAUACAUUUUUGUAUGUUUAGAUAUUACCAUAAAUACUCAGGAUUGGAGCUGCUUGUAAGUAUAACAAAAUAUACAGAAUAACUUUAUUUUAUCUUGUGUCAGAGUCCAUCAGUAAUCUUUAAAAAGGGGGGGUGGCACUUUGUCAUGUUAAUCUUUAACUAUAGGCCUUAUUGGGAGCCGCUGAAUGGGACAUUUCACCACUGAGUGGGUAUCCAAUGCCAAGGAUGGUCAUCGAUACCUAACUGUGAGGCACUCAGUUGAUGCCUUCAUAGAUUAUGACCAGCUUGGCCAUUGAAAAGGUCCCUAUUUUUCUGAAGGAAAAAAAGGAACUAACAAAUAAGUUUACAUAAUCCUUUUGAUGUGAAGUGCAUUUAAAUGUUUAUAGGCUUGAUGCAGUAAUAUAGACACAGAGCUGUUAAUAAUGGUUAUGUAGAUUAAUGUGAUUUGAGAACUAAAAAACUCAUAAAAACUUACAUGUAAAAAAAAUUAGUAAGUUGUUUUUUUGGUUUUUUUUUUUUACUUUAACACCAUAUGUUCUUUUAGUAGCAAACAGGGAUCACUGUUCCGUAGUAUUCAGAAUCUAUGAUCUGAAUUCCCCAAGAAGUGUGUUUGUGUGUGAUGCCAUGUUUCUUUUACAGGUGAAUGCAGCCGUCACAAUAAAAAUGAAAGUAAAACUAUUGCUAUCACCAUUUCCUUUAUAUUCCGACAAUAAAAAUAACUAUCAUUGACUGUGCAUUGUACUUGUGAUUAUAGUUUAUACAAUCAGAAAGCUCUGUGGAAAAAAAAUCAGUCUCCAAUUAAACCACUAGUAUACAUUUUUAUAUUUGUUUGCACGUCUCAUCAUAUUCCUGUUGAUGUAAAGUUUGCACAGUCUUCUGACUCUAGAACAAAUGACAGGCUUUAACUUUUUUUUAAAAAGUUGUAAUUAAAAGCCAGUACUCUUAAUUCUGUUUUAUCAGCUAAUAUUGAGAACAUGUCCUGUGGUAAAUCUGUAAGCAAUCUUUAAGUUGUUGAGUGUUUCAAGUUGGGUUGAAUUCAGCUUUUGCAAGCACCAGUUACCUGAAAUCUGUCUUUAAUUUUUCCCUAAAUGUACAUGAAUUUUUAAAUGUUCUGAAACUACUGGUACAUGCACAAUUGUGAUUUUAUUCAAGUAUCUGUUGUAGUUUAUUGUAAAUAUUUGAAAACUUAAUCUCAUCCUUUACUUUUUAGUUUAAGUAAUCCAAUAACUACAUCAGCAGCUAUAUAAUUUGGUUUAAACUUUUUUUAAAAAAAAAGAUUAUGAUCAUUAAUUUUUUUGUCAGUUUAUCUUGAAUCUAGGACAUGUAGAAACCUACCCUUUAAGGACACCUAGAGCCCUGUUUAGCCAGUGUGUCCUAAUACAUUAGCAUCACGUUGGCUUUGAAGUUUCUUUCAGUGAAUUUAAUAAUUUGUGCCAUUAAAUGUCACUUGUCACUGUUUAUGGCAUAAUGUUGUAUCCAGAAACAUAGUGUUUUUAACAGUUUUACUCUUGCAAUGGUACAUAAACCAGGGACUAGUGUAGAAUUGAGCUGUGUUCGAGAUGAGGGCGGGGGAGGUUUUUGUUCUUAAAGUGAUAACUGUAAGUAGAUGUGAACUUCUAAGGAGCUAUCAUGUGAAAUAAUAUAGGGUUGCUGUGCUACUGUAUAAUGGGGAACCAUAAUACCAGGAAUUUUAAUAAGAUUUUGUAAAGAAUGUCCAGAAAAAAAGUGGUGAAUUUAUUUUCAGACUGAAAUAGAAAACAAUGUGAAUAUUUAAGGUCUGCAACUACACUUAAUAAACUUCGCUAAGAAUUUGGGAGUUUGUUUUGAGAUGUUGUGGGAAUAAAGGUAAUUUUGUUGAAUCUUUAUAAUUGGUGCUAAUGAUGGAAGGUUCUAAAAUAGCUAGUGUAUCUUGUUAUGGUUUAGUACUUGUUGGUACUUCCACAGAAUUGAACUUGAAGUGCUAUGUAUUCACUUUUCACUCUGUAAAUGUAACUCUAUACAAUGACUUUAUUUAUUAAAAGGCAGCCAGUUGUAAUUUUUACAACACUGUGUGAGAUAUUCAGACUCCUUAACCUCACUAUGCUUUUUCCCUGAACACUUUAUAUAACAAGGUAAUAUCUUCAUCAACAACUACAGGAGGAUAAAUGUCGAAAUCCUUUAAACUUCAUUCCAUUAACUGAAAGUCCUUGGAAUUAAAUAACUUGUAUUUUCUUUUUGCAGAUCUUUUCCUUUUCAUAAAUAAAAUCCAUCAGUCAGUCUGCCUGUUCAGUAGGCUCUACCAAGAUAAGACUUCCUCUCUUUCUAUUAAAUGGAAGUUAUUACUAAGUCUUCCUCUAAGCAGUGAUAAUGAACCAAGAUGUUACCAAAUUUAUUUAGGUAUAGCAUUCCACAUGCACAAGGUGAUGUAUAAAGUUAAGGUGUUGGUAAGAUUUUUUUAA